CGCCGCGCGUCUCACGCUGCUGCUUGCCGCUGCCCCUCUCUCCCCCUCCAUCGCCUCUCUCGCGUGCGGCGCCACACGUCAGCCAUCCCCGACGUCAACGCUGUCGUCGCCUCGUCAUGUACCUCCCACUGCCUUAUCCUGCCCAGCGCUCUCUCCUUCCUCUCCCUUUCUUCUUCCUUGAGAGCUCGAGCAGCUCGCGUCCCGCCGGCCAAAUUCCUAGCCUCCGCUCCACCCUCUUCAAAUCACUCGCACCCGAAGCUCCCUCACCUCCCUAGCUUCCUCCCCAGCCCCUUGGAACUGAGCUCCGACCGCCGUAUAGUCGGGAAUCGCGGAUCCUCUGGCCACCGGCCAUCCAUGGCCAUCGAGCCCCACCUCGACGUCGAACUCCAUCCUCCGGCCACCGUUUUCUUCAUCCAGCGGCUCAAAUCGAAGCUAGGUACGAUAGAUGAACCAUAUGAAGGACGUGCUACUGGAGCCGAACCCGAAGAUGAUGUUGGUGGACAUAUUCCGAAGACGGAUGGAUGGAACCCGAUGUGCAUGACCAAAGAAAGAUGCUCGCCAAGCGAGUAUCAUGUAACUAACACUGACUUAGUGUUAAUCCCAGACGAGCCGUUCAAGAGCGGCGGCGCGCCGGCCGGGUCGCAGUCUACGCCGAAGGACGGGUAGCCGCAGCAGGGAGGCUGCCGGCCGCGCAGCCAGAACGGGUACCUGAUCGACAGGUUCCCGCACGACGCCGGCGUGCAGUCCGCGUCCAGCGCGGCGGCGAGCGCAGGCAUCAGGAGCAGGAGCACAAGGAGUGCUAGCACGGCGGCAUCGUGCAUUAUGAUAUCGGUGGGGCAAAAAAUGCCGAAAGGAGUAUGGACGCUCGAGGUUUUUAUCGCAUUUUAUCUAGUAGCUUGUGAAAAUGGAUGAUUGUUGUUGUUGAGGUAGAUGGCUGAUGGAGAGAGGAGCCGAUUUAUCUGACAUUGGGCACUUGAUUACGAGGGAUUCACAUGACAGGGUGCAGUCAGCAUGAAUUUGUCUUACUACGGCACCGUUUAGUAGUAGUUGAAUUUUCUUAGCCUGACUUUGAUGCAUUAUAAACAGCGAGGAAUGUGUUUUAAAGUACUCUCUUCAACAGAAAAUGGUGACAUCAUAGAACGUUUGCAAUCGAACUGUAUUGACUAAAAUGUAAAAUGCAUGUUGUCGAUGUC